GAGACUGCGGGAGGGCAGGCGGUGCCGAGCGCGGGGGUGGCGGGCCCAGGGCGAGCAUGUAGCGGCCGCUGGCGGCGGGGCUCCCGGGGCGGGCCGCGGGGGCCGCAUGCGGCGACAUGGAGGAGGAGGGCAAGAAGGGCAAGAAGCCUGGAAUUGUAUCGCCAUUUAAACGAGUAUUCCUAAAAGGUGAAAAGAGUAGAGAUAAGAAAGCCCAUGAGAAGGUGACAGAGAGGCGCCCUCUGCAUACUGUGGUGUUGUCAUUACCCGAGCGCGUCGAGCCAGACAGACUGCUGAGCGACUAUAUUGAGAAGGAGGUGAAGUAUUUAGGUCAGUUAACAUCCAUACCCGGAUACCUGAAUCCCUCCAGUAGGACUGAAAUCCUGCAUUUCAUAGACAAGGCAAAGCGAUCCCACCAACUUCCUGGACAUUUGACUCAGGAGCAUGAUGCUGUGCUUAGCCUGUCUGCCUACAAUGUUAAGUUGGCUUGGAGAGAUGGGGAGGACAUUAUCCUCAGGGUGCCCAUCCAUGACAUCGCUGCUGUCUCCUAUGUCCGAGAUGAUGCUGCACACCUGGUGGUCCUGAAGACAGCCCAGGACCCAGGCAUCUCUCCCAGCCAGAGUCUGUGUGCGGAAAGUUCCAGAGGCCUCAGCGCAGGUUCCUUGUCAGAGAGUGCAAUGGGGCCAGUAGAGGCAUGCUGCCUGGUCAUCAUGGCCACAGAGAGCAAGGUCGCUGCGGAAGAGCUGUGCUCCCUGCUCAGCCAGGUUUUCCAGAUUGUUUACACGGAGUCCACCAUCGACUUUCUGGACCGAGCAAUAUUUGAUGGGGCCUCCACACCCACCCACCACCUGUCUCUGCACAGCGAUGACUCUUCCACAAAAGUGGACAUGAAGGAUACCUACGACCCUGAAGCCAGCACCUUCUGCUUCCCUGACUCUGGGGAUAUGGGAGGCCUGCCACCCUUACCCUUCAGCAUGCAGGCAUCACCCCACAGCAAGACAGUCAGCGAGAGCGAGCUGAGCACCAGUGCCACAGAACUGCUACAGGAUUACAUGCUCACGUUACGCACCAAGCUGUCAUCACAGGAGAUCCAGCAGUUUGCAGCACUGCUGCAUGAGUACCGAAAUGGGGCCUCCAUCCAUGAGUUCUGUAUCAGUCUGCGGCAGCUCUAUGGAGACAGCCGCAAGUUUCUGCUGCUUGGUCUGAGGCCCUUCAUCCCUGAGAAAGACAGUCAGCACUUUGAGAACUUCUUGGAAACCAUUGGCGUGAAAGACGGCCGUGGCAUCAUCACUGACAGCUUUGGCAGACACCGUCGGGCCCUGAGCACCACCUCCACCUCCACCACCAAUGGGAACAGGACCACAGGCAGCCCUGAUGACCGGUCGGCUCCCUCAGAGGGGGAUGAGUGGGACCGCAUGAUCUCAGACAUCAGUAGUGAUAUUGAGGCACUGGGCUGCAGCAUGGACCAGGACUCAGCAUGAUGGAUCAUGACAGUGUACAUGUCUCACAGAACCAUCCCAGGCCUUCCUGGGAGGAUAUACCCAGACCUGUGUGUCAGCCCUUCCUGCUGGCUUAAGGGCGAAGAAGGGGCUGUAGGCACAGGUGGCCCUGGUGGCCAGGUCCUCUACUGUGAAGGAGUGGGGAGCUGCCAUAGGACAUGUGCUCUGACACAGGGGCUCAGCCAUGCCCUGUAGCACAUCCUCACUCUGGGAGGGCUAGGCCUAGCUGGCAGGAAAUGCUGGUCCUGUCGGCCUGGCCCUGGACAGCUGAUAAUUUUGCACAUGAUUUUCUUCUUCUAUCUCUCAGAGACCUUAAAAAGGAGUUUACUACAAUGUGAAUAAUUUAA